AUGAAAUACUCCUUCGUUACUCUGGCCGCGGUGGCCGGAGCCGCACUCGCGGCACCUCCGCCGUCCGCCAUCGACAACUUCGGCCCGGAUUUCUUCACCCCUUUCUGCAACCUCGACUACAAGGGCAAGCCAUGCGAGGAGCUCGUUGGGAAGGGCGACAAGAAUGCCGAUGCCAUCUGCAAGGCUGGCCGUGAGCACUUCUGCGGCCCUCAGAAGCGUGAUGCAGUUCCUGAGCCUCAGCCUGACCCUGUCGCUGAUCCUAUGCCCUGGUGUACCUGGAGGGGCCAACCAUGCUGGAAGGAAAAGAUGAAAGCCAAACGUGAAGCUAUUCCCGAGCCUAUUGCAGCUCCUCAACCUGAUCCCGUUGCUGAUCCUAUGCCUUGGUGUACCUGGCGAGGACAACCCUGUUGGAAGGAGAAGAUGGCUAAACGAGAGGCCACCGCCGAGCCAGUUGCUGCACCCAACCCUGAUCCAGUUGCUGAGCCAAUGCCGUGGUGCACUUGGCGAGGCCAACCAUGCUGGAAGGAAAAGAUGAAGGCCAAGCGUGAGGCUGAAGCCAUUCCCGAGCCUAUCGCCGCUCCUAAGCCCGACCCUGUUGCUGAACCUAUGCCCUGGUGCACUUGGCGUGGACAACCCUGCUGGAAGGAAAAGAUGAGAAUGGCUAAACGCGAGGCUAUUCCCGAACCUGUUGCAGCUCCCAAGCCUGAUCCCGUUGCUGAGCCUAUGCCCUGGUGUACCUGGAGAGGUCAGCCUUGCUGGAAGGAGAAGAUGCGCAUGGCUAAGCGUGAGCCUAUCGCCGAACCAGUUGCUGCCCCGAAGCCCGACCCUGUUGCUGAGCCAAUGCCUUGGUGCACAUGGCGAGGCCAGCCUUGCUGGAAGGAAAAGAUGCGCAUGGCUAAGCGUGAGCCUGAAGCUAUCCCCGAACCCGUCGCUGCCCCCAAGCCUGACCCUGUUGCUGAGCCUAUGCCCUGGUGCACAUGGCGCGGACAGCCCUGCUGGAAGGAGAAGAUGAAGCUCAAGACCCGCGAGGCCGCUCCCGUUGCUGAGCCCGAGCCCAAGCCUUGGUGCAUGUGGCGCGGACAACCCUGCUGGAAGAAGACCAAGCGCGCUGCUGCCCCUGAACCCGCUCCCGAGGCUGAGAACGAACCCAGAUGGUGCAUGUGGCGAGGCCAGCCUUGCUGGAAGAAGACCAAGCGUGAUGCUACUCCCGAGCCUUGGUGCAUGUGGCGUGGACAACCUUGCUGGAAGGCUAAGCGUGACGCUACUCCCGAGCCCUGGUGUAUGUGGCGAGGACAGCCAUGCUGGAAAGCCAAGCGUGAUGCCAGUCAAGCUCUCUCCAACGCCCUCCACGCAACUCGAUCUCUCGACACCCGAUCCGCCGACGCACCCAGCACCGCCCAUCUCCCCCGCGACGCCGCCCACAAGGCCAAGCGCUCCAUCGUCGAGCUCGCCAACCUGAUCGCCCUCUCUGCCCGCGGUAGUCCCGAGGAGUACUUCAAGAGCCUCGAGCUCGAGACAUUCUUCCCCGACGCUGCUCCCAACGCUACCGCCAAGCGCGACCUCAACACUCUUCAGGAGGAUAAGCGCUGGUGCAUGUGGCGAGGACAACCUUGCUGGAAAGCCAAGCGGGCUGCUGAGGCAGUUCUCGAUGCCGUUGAUGGCGAUGAUGGUGCUACUGGUCCUGGAGGUCCCGACUCUCACUACGAUGCUCGGGAUUUCAAGGCAGAGAACUUUGCGGCCAAGCGAGAUCUCAUUGCUAUCAAGGCAGCAGCUCGCAGCAUUGCCGACAUGCCCGAGGAAUAA